AUAUUCUCCACCGCUGACGCUGUUGAUUUCAGAAUGUUAGUGACCUCUCCUCGAUCUUCUUCCAACUGCUUUCCAUACAAGUGUUUAAAUUAGUUCCAGCUUUAAAAAAAUAGCUUCACGGUAGCUACACUGCACUCCUCUUUUUUUUUGGAGUUGUUGGAUUGUAUUGAUGGAGUAUAAGGUAGUGUCUUAGGUUUAGAUUGGCCAUGGAAGAGUAGGGAUGCUCUUGAGCUCAUCUCCAGGGCUAGUUUUGAUUAUGUUAUUUGGUUUGUUCUUGAUUUCUAUCAAACUUAAAAGAGAGGGUAAUAACCUUGCAGCUGAAAUUACCAGGUCAGCCUAAGUGGACAACCAGUCUCAACUGAAAUUGAAUGAUUAAAAAAUUGACAACUUGGAAGAUUGUUGAAUCUAUCUGUAAAAGAAGAUAUAUAUAUGUAUUAUUUAUUAAUGUGUGUGUGUAAUCUCUGCACUAUUUGAUCAAAAGUAAUAAGAAAGUUUCAAACUCAUUUUCUAAUUAUAAAACAUUGUUGACAAUUUCUUUGUGUAGUCUCUUUCUGGUAUGUUUUGUUUACUCGUUAGAUCACUGUCCUCAUGAAGUUUCUGCUCCCAUCAGCAUUUUUUUAUGGACACAACGAUGUCUGAACGAACCAAAACGGUUCUACUUUUCCUUGGUGUUGAACAAGUUUCCGGGGAUUCUUUUAUGAUUUCUUCCUUCUGUCAAACGUGUUUUUUUGUUUAUUCGUCUGGUGACUUGAUCAUAACUUGUAACAGUUUCCUUGACCAAACUUUUUCUCUUGUGAGAUAUGACUUGAUCAUUGUGCUACAGCAGAAUAAAUUUACCUCUGUCUUCCUUUUCUAGGUAUCCUGAUGAAUUCAAAAACAUGCGGUUCGGUAUUCCUGGUGGCAUUUUGUUGUCUUCUCCUUCAGUCAGCUGAUUCAAGAACUGAUCUUUCAGAAGUAACUGCUUUAAGGGUGAUCAAAAGGAGUCUAAUUGAUCCUAUGAGAAAUUUAAGCAACUGGGAAAAAGGUGACCCAUGUAAUUCAAACUGGACUGGCAUAACAUGCUUUGAGAGAUCACAUGAGGAUGGUCACUUUCACGUCAGGGAGCUCCAAUUGAUGAGGCUGAAUUUAUCUGGAGAGCUGGCUCCUGAAGUUGGCCAGUUAUCUUAUCUCGAAAUCCUUAAUGUGAUGUGGAACAAUAUAACUGGGCGUAUUCCUUCGGAGAUAGGAAAAAUUUCUUCUUUGAAACUUCUACUGCUGAAUGGGAACAAACUCACGGGUAGUUUACCCCCUGAACUUGGCAACCUUCGAAAUUUAAACAGGCUUCAAGUAGAUGAGAACAACAUAACAGGUUCAGUUCCACCUGCAUUUGGAAACAUGACAAGCAUAAAACAUCUCCACUUAAAUAACAACACGUUAACCGGAGAAAUUCCAGUGGAGCUAUCCAAACUGAACAACCUUGCUCACCUGAUACUGGACAAUAAUAACUUGACUGGGUCUUUGCCGCAAGAGUUAGCUCGACUGCCAUCCUUGACCAUACUUCAGAUGGAUAACAACAACUUCCACGGUUCUGUGAUUCCAGAAGCUUACGGAAGUUUUUCUAGAUUAGUAAGAUUAAGUUUAAGGAACUGUGGACUACAAGGAUCAAUUCCUGAUCUAAGCAGUAUAAAAAAUCUUAGCUAUUUAGAUCUGAGCUGGAACAAUCUCACAGGCACUAUACCAGAAUCUAAGCUUUCUGAUAAUAUGACAACAAUUGAACUAUCUUAUAACAACCUCACUGGAUCUAUACCACAAAGUUUCUCGGAACUGUAUUCUCUUCAAUUACUUUCACUUGAGAACAACAGUUUAUCUGGUUCCGUACCAACAGCAAUAUGGGAGAACAAGUCUUUCGAGAAUAACAAACUGCAAGUUGAUCUCAGGAACAAUAACCUCUCUGAUACCACAGGAAACCUGAGAACACCAGACAAUGUUACCCUAUAUCUUCGUGGCAACCCAAUAUGCAAAAGUACAAGCAUUCCCAUCGUUAAACAACUCUUCGAAUAUAUCUGCGGCGAGAAAAAGCAAACAUCAACGAAAUCAGAACUCACACCAUGCAACAAUGCGUCAUGUCCCUAUGAGAAGGUGCCAGUUUCCCCAGGGAUCUGCUUUUGUGCAGCGCCUCUUUUGAUCGAUUAUAGGCUAAAGAGCCGUAGCUUCUUCUUCUUCACUCCAUAUAUUGAACACCAAUUCAUGGAGUAUAUAACCACCUCCCUCCAGUUAGAUACUCAUCAACUAGCGAUUGAUAGAGUUGUUGAUGAGAACAAGUUGCGUCUACGGAUGAACAUCAAGCUAAUUCCCAAAGGCAAAACAAUAUUUAACGUUAGCGAAGUCAUACGUAUCAGGGGAAGGUUUACUUCAUGGACUUUUCCUCGUAAUGACUUUUUCGGACCUUAUGAGCUACUAGACUUCCCUCUUGAAGGACCAUAUGCUGAUUUGGUAGCUGGAGAGAGUGGAAUCAGCAACGUUGGAUGGGGGUUGAUAGUGGCAGCCUCUAUCGUUGCUGCAACUGUUAUUUCAGUGAGCGCAACACUUCUAUAUGUUAAGAAACGUCAUGGGAAUCUGCAUGGACUCACCAGAAAACGUGUUUCCAGAUCAAUAUCUCGGGAAAUCGAAGGGGUGAAGAAGUUCAGUUUUACGGAACUGUCGGAUGCAACUAAUGGUUUUGAUAGCUCUGCAGUGAUCGGCAGAGGUAGCUAUGGAAAGGUCUACAAAGGCAUUUUGCCAAAUAAAACCGUAGUUGCCAUCAAACGAGGAGAAGAAACUUCUCUGCAGAGCGAGAAAGAGUUUCUGAAUGAGAUUGAUCUGCUUUCGAGGUUACAUCACCGGAAUCUUGUGUCACUGGUUGGCUACAGUAGUGACACUGGGGAACAAAUGCUGGUAUAUGAGUAUAUGCCUAAUGGCAAUGUGCGUGAUUGGCUUUCAGCCAAUGCUACGGAAACAUUGAGCUUUAACAUGAGGGCACAAGUGGCUUUAGGUUCAGCUAAAGGGAUCCUCUACCUUCACGCUGAAGCAAAUCCACCUGUUAUUCACCGCGAUAUCAAAACCAGCAACAUACUCUUGGACUCUCAGCUUCAUGCUAAAGUUGCUGAUUUUGGAUUGUCACGGUUGGCUCCAAAUUUUGGGGAGGGAGAUUGUGAGCCGGCCCAUGUAUCAACCGUAGUGAGAGGAACACCGGGGUAUCUGGAUCCAGAGUACUUCAUGACUCGGCAACUAACGGUAAAGAGCGACGUGUACAGUUUCGGAGUGGUGUUGCUUGAGCUCUUGACUGGAAUGCACCCAUUCUUUGAGGGUACACAUAUUAUCCGUGAGGUGAGGAUGGCACAUGAAUGUGGAACAGUUCAGUCAAUGGCGGAUAAUCGGAUGGGACAAAGUGCGCCAGAUAAAGUGAUGAAGCUGGCGGAAUUGGCGUUACGGUGUUGUGAGGAUAGACCAGAGAUGAGACCAUCGAUGUCGAAAGUGGUGAAGGAUCUCGAAAGCAUUUGCCAAUCUGUGAAGGAGACCGAUAUGUUCUCAGAAACAACGACGUUACUCUACACCAAAACAUUGUCGUCGUCAUCAUCGUCUCCUGUGCCUUCAUCUUUUUCUGGAAGUAACUUGGACAGUGGCUUUUUCGAAUCUGUCAAACCGCGUUGACAUACCUUUGUUGUGACUUGUGAGAUAGGCUAACUGAUGGUAGUGCAAGAACCCAUGACUAAUAAUGAGAGUUGUGUUAAAUAUGGAGUUUAGAGUCGAGUCUGUUGUAGCCAACAAAAAUAUGAAGCCUUUGACAAAAGGUAAAUUGAUGCGUCUGCCGGGAGUCAAACCCGGGUCUAUUGCUUGGAAGGCAAUUAUCCUAACCGUUGGACUAGAGACGCUUUUGACAACUUCGCACUCAAACUGGUUUUUAACUCAAACUCUGGUUUUCAGAGACAUAAUUCUCUAAUUACUUUUAGCUCACAAGUCACAAGAAUUGUAUAAACUAAUUUUUAGUUUGAAUCUAAACCUGAAGAUAUACAUCUUUAACUUCACGAACACGCUAUCUAAGCCUACAUAAAAGGGGGUAAGCGUAGGGUUUCGUUUAAUUAUCGAACAAGCUUGAGUGAGAGUCAUCAUAUCGCCGGAGCUGAGCAAGAAAGCCGCCAAGAGAGCUUCAAUGUCUCGUGAAGAAGAAGAACAUGACGAGUUUUCCAGUAACUACGGCGACGUAACACUUAACGAGUUGCAACAAACCGCCGAUCCGAAAGCCGGAAAGUGGAGAGAGGCUGUUGAAGGAAAGAAGUGGACGGAAGUGAGCGAUUUGGUGGAAGCUAGAGGCAGAGUUUACACGUCUCGGCCACAUGCAAUCUAGCAAAGUGUUUGUGAUCUUGAGGCAAAGUGGAUGCACUGUUCAGUGCGUAGCCAAGCAAUCGAACGUUGGCGUCAACAUGAUCAAAUACCUAAAGCAGCUGAGUUACGAAUCCUUUGUCUUGUCCCUAAGUACCCUGUCAAGGCAACUACCCAGAAGGUUUCUUCUGUUAAGCUAGAUGGGCUUCCACCCUAAAACCAAUCGGUGAUAAAUGGAUUAGCUCAUCUAUCUUAUAUAUUGCUUAAGAUCCCUUUCAACUACCAAUGUAAUGUAAUGCCAGAUAAUGGACCUAGUGGACGAGUUGUUUGUGUUUAUAUUCACUGAGUUGAAUGAGAAGUGCAAAAAGGAACUUGAAGCUGUUGGAAAACAAUACCCAUUUGAACCUUUGAAGGUAAUAACUCAUAUGCUAGUAUAAAAAACUGAGUUUUUUUUUGUAUCUUAUUGGAUUCUUACGAUUUAAGCUAAAAAUGCAGUUUCUUGAAAAAACAUUGAGGUUAACCUUUGAAGAAGGGAUUCAGAUGCUCAAGGUAUAUUUUUUUUUUCAUUUUUACCUGAGUUUUUUCAACUGGUCUAUCAAAUAAUAAUAAUUGUUAUGUUGAUGUGUUGACAGGAAGCUGGUGUGGAGGUUGAUCCUCUUGGCGAUCUAAACACUGAAUCUGAGAGAAAACUUGGCCAACUUGUAUUGGAAAAGUAAAAUCCAUCACUUGUAUGCUUUGAAAAUGACUUUAGUUUUGUUGUAUCUCAAUGUUACAAAAGUUGUUUUUUUUUUCGUGAUAGGUACAAGACUGUGUUUUAUAUACUGCAUCGGUUUCCGACAGCGGUUAGGCCUUUCUACACCAUGCCUUGUGCUGAUAAUCCUCUUUACAGUAACUCCUUUGAUGUCUUCAUCAGAGGUAUGAGUUAUUUUUUUUCAAAAAGGACUUUGUGAUAUGCUUAUGUUACAUUCACGUUGGUUGUCGAGUAACUAAGCUAACUUAUAUUAUUUCAAGAACCAUGACUAAGGAGGGUUGCAAUAAAAGUUCAUAUUUGUCUUGA